AUGAGCUCCCCUCAUGCUCUAGUCCUCCCAUACCCCGCCCAGGGCCAUGUAUACCCUCUCAUGCAACUCUCAUUCUGCCUCUUAGACCGUGGUUUCAGAAUCACUUUUGUGAACACUGAGUUCAACCAUGAGCGAGUUGUGGCUGCCAUGGCGAUGGAGAGUGGGGGCUAUGAGGUAAAAAGGUUUCAUAUGGUGAAAAUUCCAGAUGGAUUGGAAGCUGAUGACAGAAGAGACAACUUGGGGAGGAUUACAGAAGCAUUUCUUAGGGUUAUGCCCCAAAGCUUGGAGAAGUUGAUGAAGGAGAAUAAGGAUUCUGCAAAGGAGGAAAGAUUCAGCUGCUUUAUUGUGGAUGGGUACAUGGCGUGGUCUCUUGGAGUUGCAAAAGAGAUGGGACUUCAAACUGCUGUGUUUUGGACAGCUGCUCCCGGUUUUCUUAGCUUUAUAUUUAGCAUCGGGAAGCUUAUUGAAGAUGGAGUCAUAGAUGAAAAUGGGCAACCAAAGAAGAAUGGGCUAAUCCAACUAGCCCCAGGAAUGAAUCCUGUAGACUCAUCCAAACUUGCAUGGAAUUGCUUCGACUCCAACACUCGAAGAAUAGCCUUCCACCACACUUUCAGCAACGGUAAAUCGGUAGCUGAAGAAAAAUACAUCCUCUGCAACAGCUUCUACGAGCUCGAGAAACCAGCUUUCAAUUUCUCUCCCAACAUGUUACCUGUUGGUCCUCUCCACGCCAGCCAUCAAUAUGCAAAGCAAAUCUCUUUCGGCUCUUUCUGGUCACCAGACGAGGCUUGUCUUGCCUGGCUGGACACAAAGCCGGCAAACUCAGUAGUCUAUGUGGCCUUCGGAAGCUCAACCAUCUUCAACCAAACUCAGUUCCAUGAGUUAGCACUAGGGCUUGAGCUCAUGGGUCGACCAUUUUUGUGGAUUGUUAGACCAGAUAUGACGACUGAUACAGAAGAUAAUGAUAACUAUCUUCGUUGCUUUAAAGAGAGAGUAAGGGAUAGAGGAAAUAUUAUGAGUUGGUGUCCUCAAACAAAGGUUUUGAAACAUCCCGCAAUUUCAUGCUUUUUAUCACACUGUGGAUGGAACUCAACUUUAGAAGGAGUGACGAGUGGAGUGCCUUUUCUCUGCUGGCCUUAUUACGCUGAUCAAUUCUAUGACCAGAGUUAUAUUACUGUUGUUUGGAGAGUUGGUUUGAGCUUGUUGUGUGAUGAAGAAGGGAUUGUUACAAAGGACGAGAUAGGCUCAAAAGUAGAGGAAUUGAUUGGUGAUGUUAAUAUCAAGAAGAGAUGUUUGGCAUUGAAGGAGAUGGCUCGGAGCAGCGUUGAGACGGGUGGUUCCUCAUUUGAAAACCUUAAUAGGUUUGCGGAUGCAAUGAGAUCACCAAAUUAUGUUAUGUGAUGUGCAAAUUCGUCUACUAUAUGAAUUACUUAUAUUUAUAUAUAUGUAUAUCUACUUGAGCAAGUGAUGGAAUUUUGAAGGCAAUCGUAUUAGGUUUUAUAUCAUUAUUACUGAUG